AUGCAACUAGACCUUCUGCUACUGGUUGACGAAUCAAGUAGCAUCAAAGAGCAUCAGUGGGAAGAAUUAGUCCCUUUCAUUAAAGAAAUAGUCACAUCCUUAGAUAUAGGCUACAAAAGAGUUCGCUUGUCAUUAGUCACAUUUGGCAGCGCCAUAAGGAACUUAAUCAGUUUCACAGAUAGCGGAUCUAAAUCUAAGUUGCUGGCGUUGAGAGAUAUUGAGAAGUUGUGGACCAGUAAAGCCAAAAAUAGUUUGACAUACACAGGAUUAGCCUUAACAUUUGCCAGAGAAGUGACUUUUAGGAUUGGAUCCAGAAAUAAAGUCCCCAAGGCAAUUAUACUAAUCACAGAUGGAGCCAGUAGCGACCCAGAACUAACCAGCCAAGUUGCAGGGCAACUGAGAAGUGAAGGAAUUUCCAUUUUGGUUGUUGGCGUCGGUAAAGCUUCCAAAAGUGAGUGCAGACAUAUUGCCGGAUGUCACGAAUCACAUGGCCCAUGUCCCACCUUUAUAGACACAAAUUGGACGCAAUUACAACAUAUUUUGGGAGGCUUGAUGAAACAAGUGUGCAAUAGUAAUCCAAGAGAUGCAAUUUGCAAAGAAACAUGGUCUAUUUGGUCUAAGUGCAGUGCUAAAUGUGGGAAAGGAGUGAGAACCAAGCAAUUACUGCAGUUAGAAACGUUGAAAUCAGAAACAGUUGGUGAUCAUGGUAGGAGGGGUAGAAGUUGUGAUGAACAAUUUGUGGAUUAUGAUCCAGUAAAUGAAAUUUGCGAGGCAAGUGUAUGUUCUAUUGACGCAAAAGCUUCUGAGUGGAGUGAAUGGUCUGAGUGUAGCGUUGAUUGUGGCUUAGGAGUCAAAAUAAGAUACAGAUCUCUCAUGCAGAAGGAAGAAGGUCAUGGGAAAUCAAUUGAGGAAUUGGGGAUCAAAAUGAUAGAUAAGGUGGAUUGUAUGUUAAAAGAGUGUGCAAAGGAUGCGGGUUGUGGUAUUUUUGGCCAAUGGUCUGAAUGUAAACAAUCAUGUGGACCCGAAAUUAGGCGGCGAAAGCGUACCUUUUUUGAUGAUCCGCCAGCCUCAAAUGGUGGUAAAUCUUGCGCUGAACAGGGUCUAUCUGAGGUAGAUGAAGAAGAUUGUGGUAACUCUACGUGCCCAAAAAAUUAUAUAGGUCAAUGGAGUGAAUGGUCUGAUUGUGAAGGUAGUAAGAGGUAUAGGAAGAGAAUAGGUUAUGAGGGGAAUGAAAAAACACUUAUUAUCUCUGGAAUUCCUACCGCAGUUUUGCAAACGGAUGAAUGUAAUGACAAAUACCAUAACCAUUCGCACAAAAAUGAUAUCGAUCCUGUUCCCAUUGGACCUGAGACAGAUGAUGCCAGUGACGACGGUAAUAAUGAAGCAUAUAAUGAUCUAAAAUUUGAGAAAAGUACUACAAAUGGAGAUUAUAAUUAUACUGCAGGCAAAGAACAUGCUGUCAAUGAACAUAAAGAGUUAGAAAGGAUAGAUGAUGAAGAUGAUGAUAGAAAUCCCACUAAUAAUUCACAUGACGUAGGAAUGAUUACCCAUGGAACAUACAAUGAUACAAAAUUUGAGAAAAGUACUACAAAUGGAGAUUAUAAUUAUACUGCAGGCAAAGAACAUGCUGUCAAUGAACAUAAAGAGUUAGAAAGGAUAGAUGAUGAAGAUGAUGAUAGAAACCCCACUAAUAAUUCACAUGACGUAGGAAUGAUUGCCCAUGGAACAUACAAUGAUCCAAAAUUUGAGAAAAGUACUACAAAUGGAGAUUAUAAUUAUACUGCAGGCAAAGAACAUGCUGUCAAUGAACAUAAAGAGUUAGAAAGGAUAGAUGAUGAAGAUGAUGAUAGAAACCCCACUAAUAAUUCACAUGACGUAGGAAUGAUUGCCCAUGGAACAUACAAUGAUCCAAAAUUUGAGAAAAGUACUACAAAUGGAGAUUAUAAUUAUACUGCAGGCAAAGAACAUGCUGUCAAUGAACAUAAAGAGUUAGAAAGGAUAGAUGAUGAAGAUGAUGAUAGAAACCCUACCAAUAAUUCAUAUGACGAAAAUCCCUAUGAAUUUGCCUAUGGCGAAACACCACCAACAACUAUAGCUUACGAAACUGCUCCACAAAGCCCCGAACAACACGCAUAUAGUGCAGCUAACGAUCGUUCAACAGUUGAUGGGAUAAAUGACCUUAAACAGAAGAGAAAUACCCACCAGUCAACACAAUCCGUGCUAUCUUCCUAUAAAAGUGAAGCAGCCGAUGUGAAAGAAUACAGCAGUAUAAAUGGUGGUGAAAUUUUGAGCGGUAAUGACAGUAAAAAGGGCAAUAACAAGCAUAACAGCGAUGAAAAGCAUGAUAAGGAUUAUAAUUACACUGAUUAUAAGAUAGCUGGUGGAAUUAUUGGCGCCGCUGCAUUACUGGGUUCCAGUGGCUAUGUUUACUUUAGGAGAAAGCAGACAACCCCAAUUGAGGGAAGGGAGGUUGUAAAUUAUAGGGAAAGCGGAACAAUGGAAUAUGAUAACGAGGAGGAGCGCUUUACUGUCACUGAGAUGGACGAUACUCUCUGGGGCGAGACGACCUAA